UGGGAGACCUCCAAGCCUGGGCUCAGCCCUCACCCCCAGAAAUUGCAUCCUUACUGCUGGGACAAGGUCUUGGAAGAGCUUCUGGAGAGUUACUGAAGGAGAGAAUAUUUACCAGGAGUGAUUAAAGAUAAUGGAUCCAGACUUUUUAAAUGCAUUUACACAGCCUUCUACACCUGAUCAAUUCCUAACUGCAGAUGUCAUUGCUAAAGGCGAGAAGAGAAAACUCAUAAAACCAACCUCAAGCAACAACCCCAAACUGGAAGAAUUGAAACUGUUCUUGACUGAGUGGAUCAACAGAACUCUGAAAGAGGAACACAUAGUAGUUAAAAGUCUGGAAGAAGACCUGUAUGAUGGGCUGGUACUUCAUCAUCUCCUGGAAAAUUUAGGAUCUCUCAGGCUGGAUGUUGAGAAGAUUGCAUUAACAGAAAAAAAACAGCGAAAGAAACUCUCAGUGAUUCUGGAAGUCGUGGCCAAGUGUUUGCAACUGGAAGAAAGUCAGCUGAAAUGGAGUGUGGAAUCUAUCUUAGCAAAGGACUUACUGAGCACGCUGCAUCUUCUUGUUGCAAUAGCAAAGCACUUUGAACCCACCCUGGCUCUGCCUCCAAAUGUUCAAGUGGAGACAAUCACCAUCGAGGUCACCUCUGUAGGAUUAAAGACAUCAAAUGCCGUGGAAUAUAUCACAGAAAACAAAGAGAAUAUAGAAGCGCAGUCAAAAGAUGAUGCCUUUGAUGAAUUAUUUAGCUGUGAUCCAGAUAAACUGGAUGCUGUAAAAAAGGCACUUUUGGAAUUUGUUGACCAGCAUGUUGGAAAAUUAGGAAUAAAUGUGAAAGACAUCGAAUCUCAGUUUUCAGAUGGGGUUAUCUUACUUCUCCUAAUUGGACAACUAGAGGGUUACUUUCUGAAUUUAAGGAAUUUCUUCCUGACUCCGGCCAGCACCAUGGAAAUGCUCCACAAUGUUAACCUGGCACUGGAGUUGCUAGCAGAGGGAGGCCUUCUGAAUUUUCCUGUGAACUCUGAAGAUAUUGUGAACGGAGAUCCGAAGGCUAUAAUGCGAAUUCUGUAUUGCUUGUAUUCCAAAUACAGAACCAAAGAAGCAUGAAGAACAAGGCCAAGAGCUUGAGCUGCCCUUUCUUUGGUGUUUUUUUUUUUUGUUGUUGUUGUUGUUUUGUCCCUUGCAGAUCAUGGUAUGGUUUUUGGAUUCCCAGCUCUGUUUACAACUGCUUCUGGGCAUGCACUGGUAUUUGACACUUGCUGUGUUAACACUGUAUAGCAAAUAUGUUGUUCAUGCAAGAUUUCACAUACACAGCCUGAGCAACUGUAAAUGUGUUUCCACAGCUGGUGUUACUCUAGGGCUGUAGCUCUUAUCCCAGAUCCUGCCUUCUGUAUUCUCUGAGUCCCUCCCUGUGCUGCAAAGAAAUUAAAUGUGUGUUUUUUCUGGGCCCUGUAUUCUUUGCUCCUGAAGGUGACUUUGAAAGUUGUUGCAUCCUCCCCAUUUUCCUGCUUUGGGAAGUCAUUUGGAAAACUAGAGAUGAGAAAGACCCACCAGAGUGGGAGGGCUGAGACACACCUCAAGUUCAAAACCUGCUUUAGAGAGGUGGCCAGUGCUGUCAGACAAGAGGAUAUGAAUGGGAUGCCAAAUGAAUAGAUAGCAAAAAUGAAAUGUGAACUUACCAAGUGUUUUAUAAAUGUUUCAGUGCUCAUUUGCUUGAAUAUGGAAAAGGCACUCAGCACAAUAUGCUGGUGUGAAACUGUGCAGGAACAGGGGGUUCUCCUGCACAGCUGUAGAAGGAUGCCCUUAUUUUCUUUCUAAGCCAGUGCCAAACCAUGUCCAGCUCUAACUGCAGCCCUGACACCAACUCUGGCUAGUAGGGAUGCCAAUCCAUGUCUAGCAUGUUGUGAGAGGGAGUCACAUCUGCACUUUGUCUGCAGUAAAAGAUGGGCAGAUGCUGGCUGAGCUCUGCAGCUGGUGGAGGUAGAGGCCACUAUGGGUGGGAGCAGUGAAUUCAGCUUCCCAGUGCCUCUCACAGCUGAGUCAUCUCAAACUUGUCAGGCUCUCCUAGGUGAAUUUGUCCAGCCUCCAUUCCCCACCUCUCAGCAGUUUCCUCUGGGUGCAUCAAGGUAGCCACAAUUUAUUAAUGAUCACCCUCGGUCUUUCUUGGGGGAUUUAAAUCAGAACUCCUUUCAAAACCUCCAUCUAUUCUCUUGACCUUAAAUUUAUGACAUGUUGCAUAAAACUAGAGAUAUAAUUAGAAAAAAAAAAGUUUCAGUAUUUUUUUUCACUUCCAUCUAAACUGAAUAAAUUUCCUGCCAUGGGUAGCUCUGACAUUUGAUCUCUGGUCUGAUCCUCCGUCUGUGUGUUAAUGGGAAACCAGAGCUCACCAGGUGCGAGUGCUGACAUUUACAGAGGAGAAUUUGUUGUGUCUGCCUCUGGAUCAUGCAGCCCAGGGAAGAUCCUUAGAUAGCAAUACUGAUAAGUCUUUUGAAAAUGGUAACACUGCACAGCUGCUGGGGGACGGAGCUGUGCAAACUGCCCUGAGACCAAUCCCUUCUCCACUAAGAAUUAGCUUGUGACAUUUUUACAGAGAAAAAUACAAUCUUUGGUGCCAAUGAGCUACCAAGAUCACUUGACUCUCCAGCAAAUAUUAGUCGUGGUGCUGAUCUGAGCAAUUUAAGUAAAGAAUAAUUGUUUUUUUCAUUUGCAAGUCCCCAUAGGCACCUUGCUUGAUUCCUUAAUGGGCUUCCAAGAAUCAACUGGGAGACCUGAGAAGUUCAUUCUUGCUUCGCAGAGUUUUGUAACACUGCACAUAGAACAUACAUUCAUUGUAGAAUGAAAUGCUAUUGAGCAGAUAAACCCAGGAUGUGGCUUGUGGAGAGCAGGGGUGAGGGGGCAGGAGGGCCUGGGCAGUGAUUUGGUAGCAGUCUGGCCUUUUCCUCCUGGGAAGCUGUCCUGAACCUCUUGCCCUGUGCUGGUGAUCAGAAUUCAGUUCCAGUGUGUAACUCCAGGCAUAUGACCUGGGCUAGGAAAAAGCCACCAGUGCUAGGAGGAUUAGCUAGUGCUGCCCUGGUUAGAUGGUUAUUACUGCUUAAGGAAACUGCUGGAUUUUAAUCCAUGUGCUCUGAGUUUUGUGUUCCAUGCCUCUGACAUAAAUAAAUUCAGUGCUUGUACUUCCAACAA